GAGACAUCAUCUUCUUCCCCGAAUUCAGGCGAUUUCCAUCCCACGCUAAUUCAGCCAUUCGGCAAAAUAGUACGGUCAUCAAGAAGUUUGCGGCAAGGACCUGGGGCUCAGUACGUGGCUACGGCACACAACUCGACCACUUCCUUGCCCCAUUACGCCGGCAAUUUACGGGUCGAGCCUUUGGCAGCCAAGCAUGCUGAGAGGCUGACAUUUUUCGCCAUCUCCCAAUUACUUACCACCAAGACCGACAUUGCGGCCCCGGGUCAAUUCAGGUUGGAUGGUGCUGCCCACCGCUUGAACAUAGCCACAUCUCCCUCACGAGACCCGCAACCCACCUUUACCUUCAGCGAUCAUGUCUUCAGAAACAGGGGAGACCGGCAAGGCCGGUAUUAUUGUAGCUUCCGACGAUGCAUCCCCCAUUGAGAAGCUUUCCCAUGCCGUCCUAGACGACCUCUUAUACAACACCAUCCACGAUCUCCUUCUCAAGGUGCACCGAGACGAGAAGAUUGCCCGGGCGAACACGGCCGCCAUCAAGGUCGAGAAGCUCGCCAUGAGCACCAUCGAAGGCGCAACGGUAGACCCCAAGCCCGAGGUCGAGAUUGAGACGGAAGCAGCAAUCUACAAGGAAGGGAAAGUGACGCUGAAGGGCAAUCCGCUCAAGUCGACCAAGGAGAUACUAUGCCCGCGGUGCCACCUCCCGCGGCUGCUGCACCCGACGGACGGGAAGGGCGCAAGGAAGCCAGAUCCAGGCGUCAUCUACUGCAAGAGACACCCCUAUAUCGAGAAGCCGGGCUACGAUAUCUACGGCCAGACAUGGGUUGCACCUGGUCCUGGUCGAGGCAAGAAAAAGAAGGAUCAGAAGUUGGACCCCAACGACCCGAGCUCGCCGUUGCCGGGGACCGAAGGAAGCGCAAAGGACCGCCCACCGAACGUGCUCAGCUUCCCGAGCGCGACGUGCUCCAAGUGCAAGCGGUGCAUCCUGGUGACGCGCCUCAACAACCACAUGGGGUCGUGUAUCGGCAACAGCGGGCGCAACGCGAGCAGAGCGGCCGCGCAGAAGAUCAGCAACGGAAGCCAGGCAGGCAGCCAGAACAACGACAACACGCCCCCCGGCAGUCAGAAGGGAACGCCGCUGCCCGGGAGCCGCGCCGCCAGCCCGAGAAAGCGCGAUGGCGACGAGUUUGACGAGGACGCCGAGGAGUCCGACCCCACGAACCCCAAGAAGAAGAAGCUGAAGCUGAACUCGUUGCCCAAGAAGGUGAUCCUCAAGUCCAAGAGCCAGAGUCCCGCCGCACAGGCCAACUCCAAGAAAGAGAAGGCCAAGUCCAGCUCGAAUCUCUAUUUGGAGCAGAAGGCAGAUGACGACGCGAAGGACUCGACGGUGCAAGUUGCCCCAAAGAAACAGACGCCCGUUCCGAAGGGAGUCUCGCCGGCCAAGAAGAUCAAAUUGGGGCCACCAAAGCUCCCAUUGCCCUCGGUGGUUGGUAAAAAGGCCAAGAGGGACCGCGAUAUGGAAAGCGAAUCGUCCGGUACCGUGUCCUCGCCGCCCCAUUGA